AUUUGAAGCAGCAGUUUAUUUCAUCAGAAAAUCUUGAGUUUGCAAUCGAAGUAUCAAAUAAACAGUGGGAAAUUUACUUUGAUAUGAAGAUAGAUGAUAAGGAUUUUCUUACGAUUCAUGAUAAUUCAAAAUACUUUUUUUAUUUUAAAAUUAUAAAGUUCACAGACAGCAAUCGGCGAAAAUUUAAAAUGAGCUAUGUAAAACCGAAGCAUUCAGAAAUAGAUUUGGCUUCACUUAUAGUUACUAAAGAAAAGUUAGUGAGAGUACGCAUUAUUAAAAAAAAAGAUUUAACUUUCACUAUUGACGAUCAGUUAUGUGAAAAAGACAGUAACAAUGAAUUUCCUGAAAACGCAUUAUCUUCAUCCAAAACUUUUAUACAAUUUGAUGCAACCUUAUUAAAACAAUUAAUGAUCACUAAUGUGUUGUUAUUUGAUAAAGAAAUAGAAUACUUGGUUGAUAAAGCUGUAAACGUAAGAGAGUUAACUAAUAUAAACACAAGAAGACUGUUUAAAACUUUUCGUAUCCUGUUUGAUUUAAAAAUAAAAGAUGAAAGCUUGGAUAUAUGCACAAUCUUCAGCUUGAAUACCAAAGAUGAGUCACUUUUUGAUGUUUCGUUCAAGCAAAGUACUAUAAAGUACUGUUAUUAUCCUAAUACAGGAAGAAAAGAAUGUAAAGACUUUGACUUAAAAAGUCAAAAGUGGAUGUACUUUUUGAUUGAACAAUGGGAGGAAAAUAAUAAGUAUUACAACUCUUUCCAAAUAUGGUCUGAAAUUCAUGAUGUUACAAAGAAUGCAAAAUGGAGUUAUAAGACACUAGUUACUCAACCACAGUUCAACGAUAUACAUUUUAAGCCUAUCGAUAAUGUUGAUGUUGAAAUUAGAAAACUUAUAAUCUUUAAUCCAGCGACAAAUAUUUUUGGAGUUAUUCAAUACAAAGGAAAAUUAAUAUAUGAAUACGGUUGGACAGAAAAAAAUUCUAAAGUUGUUUGUAGAAUGUUGGGAUUCAAGGAUACUAAAAUAUUGGGAGAAACUUUUGUUCUUAGUGAAGAAAUAUUAAAUUUGUAUAAAAGUUUUGAAUACAUUGCUGAAAUGUACAAUUGUGACGGAGCCGAAGAAUCACUAGAUAAGUGUAAAAAUAAUAGUGUUGUGACUGAAAAUAUGAAACCAGCUGCAAUAAUCUGUACUAAAUGGCCUGAAAGCAAAAUAUAUGAUACAUUACAUGAACUUUUAUUAACAGGUACUAACAUUGAUGUAAUCCGCUCACUAGAAAACUAUGUUACAAAAUUAUCAGAGAAAUUUGAAAAAUGGAGUUGCAACUUUAUAACUGCUGAAAAUCAAUACAUUUGUUCCGUUGAAAAUAUUAUAUCAGAAGCUCUAAGAGAUUUAAAAGACCAUCUUGCGAAAGUUUCUAAUAAAUCUGUCUCAUUAUCUGAAAAGCAUAACUUACAAAAAUUUCUUGAAUUUGAGUUUUUUAAACAAAAUUUUGAUAGUUUAAAAGACGAAAUAUUUAAAACAAGAGAAAGUAUUGGAAAAUAUUUUAGAAAUUUGGCAGACUUUGAUAAUCAACUUGCAAAUCACGAUUUAACUUAUGCAUGCGAUAUUUGGGAUAAUGCUAACAUUCUCAUUAAAGAAAAAGAAGAUAACCUGAUAAAUUCAUUAGAAGGUUUGAAAAAUUACGGUAUUGGAGUCCAAACUGGAAAUUUGUUGUUUUACACUGCAAAGUUAGCAGUUCAAAUGACUGGAAGAUUAAAUCCAAUAAAAUGGUUAACUGAUACUGAUGGAGGAAUAAUUGAUCCUAUUGAAACUACAACUAAAUUAACCAAUGCUGGUGCAGAUAUUAUAGAAAUUGAACUCCUUUUUUCCAACUCUAAGCACGCACUUGAAAAUAUAUUAGCUAAAUCAAGCUUAGCACUAGCAGAAAACAAAGCUACUUUUAUCAAAAUUAAUAAAAUUUUGCAAAAAGCGAAAGUUAAUAAAAAUUUUACUUAUGAAGAUAGCAAAACAUUUUUAAGUUUAUAUGGUAACUAUAAACCAGCCGUUGAACAAAAUAAUAUUGAUGAUUACUCUGGCAUAGUUAAAGGAAUGCUAAAUAUUUUUCUAGAAAAAAUAAAAGAUAAAGAAGUAAGUCUAGCUCUUACUGCAAGUCAAUAUGGCGAAUAUUAUGCAAACAACGUAAAUAUGGCAAUCGAACUUCUUUUUGGUCAGUAUGAGGUAGUUAAAGAAAAACAGUCGGAGAUAAUGGAGGCAUUUGCAAGGUGCGCAAGAUCUAUGAUUGCUAAAGAAAGUGCAGAAGACAUAAUUAACGAUAAUGGUGGAACAAAAUUACAAAAGGAACUUAAAUUCAUAAAAGGCGUAUACUUAGCUCGUUUACAGAAAUUAAGAUUAUAUACAGAUUUAUGCAACAUAUAUACUUACAAAAAUCAUGGAACACAGAUAAGUGAUUGCAGAGAUAUCUUAGCAGACCCAGAUAUAAGCAGUUUUAGACUAUUAUCUUAUAAUUCACUACCUGAUAUGUGCAGUAAUUCUGAAAUGGUUGAAAAAUUGGUUUUAAUUCCUUUAACUAUGAAAGGUAACUUUACAAUGGGAAUACUUUCAUCAAACGAGUUAUUCCGUUAUUACCCAUUGGCUGGUAGUGCAAAAAAUGAAUGGGUUAUAAAUGGCUCAACUUAUUUCAAAGUUCCCAAUAAAAAAUAUUUAGUAGAUCAUGGUUGGAUAUCUAAUGAAAAUAAAGGCCCAUUUUUUUUAAAAAAACUAGAUUUGUACCUUCCACCAGAGGCAGUUAGUUCAUCUUUUUCUUACGAUGUAAAAAUACAACUGCAAACUACUUUUUUAAAUGAAAUAAGUUAUUCAUUUGAAAGCAAAAUUAGAAACAAAGUGUCAUAUAACGGUGAUGAUUGUCUAACAACAGAAAACAAUCCUUAUAGAAUUCAAGGAUGUAAAACUAAAUUACCUAAACUUUGUAUACUUACUUCUGGUCUGGUAGAUAGCGAAUUUCUUCCUGUAUUAGAAAAUUCUGUCUUUCAAAUAACACUGCAAAGUAAAACAAGCUUGACAAAGUUAUAUCCUGUUAAUAAAAUGUACCUAAAGGCUAAUGUAAAGUUUUGUUCCAAAAUCAAUGAAAUACAGGAAAAGGUUUUACAAAGAAAUGAGCAAAAACAAGACAUUGUCAAGCGUAACGCAAAAGAUCUAUCUUGUUGUGAUGAUGACAAUCAAUACUUUGAUAUUUUAAAUAAAACAAAUUCAUAUCCAAGAAUAGCGGAAACUAAAAACUUUUGUGUGUCAUGCCCCAACAAUUCCAAAGCAAAACUCUUCAGUUAUUUUUGUCAAAAGUGUCCUGAUAAUUUUGAAGAAUCAAAGGAAUGGUUUGGCUGCGUAAUUAAACAACCAGUAAAACCAAAAAAAAAAACACCAACGAUUUAUAAGAAAAAAGGCAUUGACAAAAAGUCAAUUAAAAAGAUUUUCAAAAAUUAACUAAAAGCAUUUAUGAUUUUUAAAAACUAUAUAAAAC